ACUGUCGUUCACAGUCGACAAUCCAUACUCUCUUCCCAAAUCUAUUUCCGAGGCCCUCAGAUACUAUCUUCUGCAACGAUGGCAGCCAACUACGAUUACGAGGAGGCUCCAGGCACCUACGACGAUGUGAACCGUCAAGACCUUGGCUACGACCCGAACUUUGUACCCGACUCCGUUAAGUCGUUCGUCGUCCACCUUUACCGUCACAUUCGUGAGAAAAAUGUGUACGAAAUUCACCAGAUGUACGAUAUCUCGUUCCAAACGCUCUCCGAUCGUCUCUUUAAAGACACUCCUUGGCCCUCCGUCGAUGCCGUUGCCCAUUACGUAGAUAACGACCAAGUAUUUUGCCUCCUUUACCGUGAGAUGUGGUUUCGCCACCUCUAUGCUCGCCUAUCCCCCACUCUUAAGCAGAGGAUUGAUUCUUGGGAUAAUUAUUGUAGCCUCUUUCAGGUGGUAUUGCAUAGGGUAGUUAACAUGCAGUUACCAAAUCAAUGGCUAUGGGACAUGGUGGAUGAAUUUGUAUACCAAUUCCAAAGUUUCUGCCAAUACAGGGCUAAAAUGAAGAACAAAACUGAGCAAGAAAUUGCUCUUCUCCGCCAAUUUGACCAGGCAUGGAAUGUGUAUGGGGUGCUCAAUUACUUGCAAGCAUUUGUGGAGAAGUCAAAUAUUAUUCAGAUAUUGGAGCAGGAGAAGGAGGGUGGUGAACAAUUUACUGCUAAUGAUGGGUAUGAUUACAGUGGUGGAAGCAACGUCUUGAAAGUGUUGGGAUACUUUAGUAUGGUGGGUUUGUUACGAGUUCAUUGUCUUCUGGGUGAUUACCAAACGGGACUGAAGUGCCUGCUUCCUAUUGACAUUAGUCAACAAGGUGUUUACACCAGUGUUGUAGGAAGUCAUAUUGCUACCAUUUAUCACUAUGGUUUUGCCAAUCUUAUGAUGCGGAGGUAUGUGGAGGCUAUUCGUGAAUUCAAUAAGAUUCUCUUGUAUAUUUACAAGACAAAGCAAUAUCAUCAGAAAUCUCCACAGUAUGAACAAAUACUGAAAAAGAAUGAACAGAUGUAUGCCUUGCUGGCAAUUUGUCUUUCACUGUGUCCCCAAGCAAAACUUGUUGAGGAGACUGUGAACUCUCAAUUGCGAGAGAAGUAUGGUGAAAAGAUGGCUAGGAUGCAAAGAUAUGAUGACGAAGCUUUUGCCAUCUAUGAUGAGCUCUUCUCAUAUGCAUGUCCUAAGUUCAUUACACCUUCAGCUCCUAGCUUUGAGGAGCCACUUGUAAAUUACAACCAGGAUGCCUACAGACUUCAGUUGAAGCUGUUUCUAUAUGAAGUGAAACAGCAACAGUUAUUAUCAAGUGUCAGGACAUUUCUCAAAGUGUAUUCAACUAUAUCUCUUGGGAAGCUUGCAAAUUACAUGGAAGUGGAUGAGCCCACUCUGAGGAGUAUCUUGUUUACGUACAAGCACAAAACUCAUGCUGUUGAUUCUGAUGGAAAGAUCACCUCUAAUGCUGAUUUGGACUUCUACAUUGAUGAUGAUAUGAUUCAUGUUGUCGAAUCCAAGCCAGUUAAAAGAUAUGGUGAUUACUUCCUGCGACAGAUUGUUAAGCUUGAAGGAGUGGUAACUGAUAUGGAUCGGAUAAAGCUGGAAUAGAGUGGCCUCCAACAUGUCUUGCACAGGCUUGGCAUAGUUUUCUUCUAUGUUUUACUUUUAUUUCACUUCUCGGCAGAAAUUUAUGCUAUUUAUAUGGCAUUUUUAUUCCCUUGUUAUUUUAAUGGAAUUUUGUUAGCAUC